GACAGAUUGCUGUCAGACUCUCGUAUGGUGGGUGCUGCAUGGCAGAGUCUCUCGUUUGAGGAUGAACUUCCUGAUCCUGUCUCAAGAGAUUCAUUUUAGCGUCUCCCCAAUUUAAGGGUGGAACUUGCUUCUUCUGUCAGGAGGAUCCCUUUGACAAUUUGGCAGGACCUUCUUUGCUGCUUCCUGAGUUGCUUGCUGUCUACUCCGAAGUACACAGGCUAUCCCCUCUGAGAUGGUCCACUAUCAUGCUCUCUACCUGCAAGAUUUGACCACGAGCAUCGCUUAAGUUUUUGAUGGGGAGGUGGUCCAUGCAUGACCCAAACAUCUUGAAGAACAGAGUUGUAGGCACCACUAUGCAUGAUGUGCUUUGUCCUUCAAGGCAACUCACGAGGCAUUUGACCAAUACUUGGCGGGCUUCAAUUCGGUGGACGGUUUUUAGAUGAAGCAGCAAAUAGCCGUGGGUGGUUGGGCUACACUCCGCCGACCCCGGCUACGGUGAACCCACUCCUACCCAACAACAGCUCCUUGCCGGAGACAGCUACAAGUGGGUGGCACAUGACUGCGAACUUAACAAUGUGGGCCCUGGAGGUACGGUGGGACCAAAGUGGUUGCUAGUAGCAGCCGAAGCCGAAGAGCAGCGUCGGUCAAAGAUCGCUCGGCUGACCGCCACGGGAGGAAGACGAGGCCACCGGCUGUUCCAACAUCGAACAGCGUCACAGGGGAAGUCCACCGACGGCUGUGUUCUUCUUCCCCUCCAUGGUGGGUCCCCCUCGGGAUCACAGCGCCACCACCAGGUCUUCCUUCCGAGACCCCUGACUCGAGCUCGACAGCCGGUCCUCUCUCCACCAGAGGCAGAGAGGCGUGCCACAGAAAACACAUCCCCAGAACGAGGGCCACAGCCUGCUUUCUUGGUCUCGCCAACAAGAUAAGCGUGGCUCGCCCGAUGCCCUGAUGCGAGUCGAGGCAUGGAAGGUCUGCAUAUUUUGGAAGACAGAAAAGAAAGGAGAUCAGAUGUGGAGAACUCUGAGGAUGAAAGAAGAAGAUUGACCAUAGGAGCUUUAAAGAAAAAGGCGUUAAGUGCUUCUUCACGGUUCACCCACUCUCUCAAGAAACGAGGGAAGAGGAAGGAUGUUCACAGGACUUCUUCUGUUUCGAUUGAGGAUGUCAGGGAUGUGGAAGAGGAACGUGCUGUCUACACAUUUCGCAAGGAGCUAAUUUCUAGGGAGUUGCUGCCAGAGAAACACGAUGACUAUCAUAUACUGCUCAGGUUUUUGAAAGCUAGAAAAUUUGACCGUGAGAAAGCAGUUCAGAUGUGGGUUGAUAUGCUUCAUUGGAGAAAGGAAUUUGGGACAGAUACAAUUUUGGAGGAUUUUAUGUUUGAGGAGCUGGAGGAAGUUUUGCGACAUUAUCCUCAAGGCUACCAUGGAGUUGAUAAAGAGGGAAGACCUGUUUACAUUGAGAGGCUUGGGCAAGUGGAGCCAAAUAAGCUUAUGCAUAUCACUACUGUAGAACGGUACAUAAAAUAUCAUGUCCAGGAGUUUGAGAAAGCUUUUCAUGAAAAGUUUCCUGCAUGUUCAGUUGCAGCAAAGAGGCAUAUUGACUCAACAACCACUAUUUUGGAUGUGCAUGGUGUGGGCUUGAAGAAUUUCAGCAAGACAGCAAGAGACCUCUUGCUCAAAAUGCAGAAAAUUGAUGGAGAUUACUACCCUGAGACUCUACAUCAGAUGUUCAUUGUCAAUGCCGGUCAUGGUUUUAGGCUACUCUGGAACACUGUAAAGGGUUUUCUUGACCCAAAAACAACAUCAAAGAUACACGUAUUGGGAACCAAGUUCCAAGGUACAUUACUUGAAGUCAUUGAUUCAAGUCAACUUCCAGAUUUCUUGGGUGGCUCAUGUACAUGCGCUGCUGAAGGAGGGUGUUUGAAGUCCAAUAAAGGACCUUGGAAUAAUCCUAACAUCAUGAAGCUUGUGCAAAAUGCUGAAGCAGCAUCACUUAGGCAUACUAGACGUAUGUCGGAUGGGGAUGAAGCAUUCGCAGGGCCAUAUCUUUUGAAGGGAAGAAGUAGUGGUACAUGGACACUUGAAUCUGGAUCAGAUGUUGAUGAUCUUGCUUCUAGGACUGUUGAGCAUAGUCGUUUAGCUCCAGUCUGUGAAGAAGUCAGAGCAAGAGAUUCAACAGCUUACCAUAGUUGUGAUGACCAUAUUGUUGUGGUUGACAAAGCUAUAGAUUGUGGUAGAAGAGGAGUACAAUCUAAUAAAGGAAUCUUGGAUUUUGAAAAUCAAGGACGGAGUUCAUAUGGCAUCGCAACACCAAAUCCACAAGAUCUGUUGUUCUCAGAUAGUCUGAGCAUUGGGAGUCGCACUAUCACCAGGGAGGAUUCAGGAGAAAGAUUUUUUCAGUGGCUUGCAAGAGUAUUGAUAGCUUUCUUAAUCAAAAUUCUGUCAUACAUUCAUGUUAUUGGUUUUAGAGAGGGAGGGCUGAGCAACAUUCAUCCCUCAGAUGCUCAAAAUACUGCUGCCCAGUGCAGCCUAUCUAUGGAAAAUAUUGAAGAUCGUUUGAGUCCCUGUUUGGAACGCCUUCAGAGGUUAGAAAUGAUGUUUGAUGAGCUAACAAACAAGCAUGCUGAGAUUCCUUUUGAGAAAGAGCAUGUCCUGCUCGAAUCUUGGGAUCGAAUAAAACAUAUUGAGUUUGACCUUGAAAAGACUAAAAGGGUAUUGCACGCCACAGUUAUGAAGCAACUGGACAUUUCUGAGUCAUUAGAUGCAAUGCAGGACUUAAAACUUCGGAAGAGGAUAUUUUGUUGAACUCUGGAUGCGAUUACGUUGAGCUGGGCGUACCUGAUGCUACGCAGCAUAGGCAAAAAUUUCAGAAGCUUGAGAUGCUGGGGCUUUCGCAGCGGUCAUGGAUGCAAGCUAACACCAAGCAUACCUCGUUCUACUUGUUGCUUUGUUUGUUUGGGGGUGGAAGGGAACAGGGCGGUCUUGCGAGCUCUGAAUACAGAUCACUCGUGAAUUGAUACUGAAUACCUUCAUUGUCAUGAAUUAGAGGUGAGGUGCGGAUGGAAGGGAAAUAAAACAGAUGAUGAAGGAUGUUUGUAUGUAGAGUUUGACAAUGCUGUGAAAUACCAAUUUUGUCGUACGCAAUAGCUUCAUAAUUAUUGUCGACUUCUAUUGUUGUUUGUGUCUAAUACAAAGAAUUCUCAUUUUAAUUGUC